GGGAGGAGGUGAAGAGGAAGGAGGAGCGAAUGCUGGAACACUCUGACUGAGUCUCACAGCUCUCAGUAUUUCCUCUGCGCUUGGCAGAGCUGCUUCUCUAUAUUGCUCUCCCGCCCUGUUUCUCUGCUCUCUCUCUCUCUCUCUCUCACUCGCGCUGACAAACACACAUACACACACACACGCAGGCCAGAGGGUUCGUUCCCUUUCACCCUCCCCGAUAGCACCAUGCUGCCCUGGAGAAGAAGUAAGUUUGUUCUGGUGGAGGACGAGGCCAAGGCCAAACCUAAGAGUCUGGGUGCCGGGCUGACCUAUCAGUCCAUCCUGUCAUCGCUGCUGCGCUCCUGUCCUGACCUGCUCCCAGACUCCACUCCCUUUGACUGGCUGGGCUCCGUCUUCCAGACCAAGAAGCAGAAAGUUGAACUCAACAGAGAGGAGCCCACUUACAACGUUCGUUACCUGGGGAGCGUCGUCACCAUCACUGCUAAAGGAGAGGGCUGCACACAGGACCCAGUGGCUAAGAUCUGGCAAAGGAGCAACUACGGAGAGCAGAGUGUCAAGAUGAGGUUAAUCGUGGGACCUCAGGGCAUCAGGAUGGGUACAGACAAAACAGGGAAAAAGAAGGCCAUGCACCUCUACUCUCUGAAUCGGAUUACUUACUGCACGGCAGAUCCUUGCCGGCCUAAGAUCCUGGCGUGGAUCUACAGACACCAGGUGAAGAACAAGGCAGUGAUUCUGAGGUGCCAUGCCGUUCUGGUCACCAAGUCGGAGAAGGCCAGAGCCAUCGCACACAGCCUCUAUCAGACGUCCACCUCAGCCUUUAGCGAGUUCAAGCGGCUGAAGAGGCAGAGUGAUUUCAGGCACUGCCAGCAGCAGCUCCUCGGGGAGGACAUGGUGCCCCUGAUGCCCCUGAGGAGGCUGCUCAAUGGACAGUGCCACUACCGGCCACCGGCCGACAGCCCCGGUGGCCCCAGCACCAACCAGCUGUACUCAAUCACAGAGGAGGAGGAAGAGGAUGUGGAGGAAGAGAUGGAGGACGAGGGGGAUGAGAAGGUGGACGAAGCAGGGCAAGAGGGAGAUGAAGAAGCUCUAACAGACACAGACUUCUCUCAGACAUAUGGGUCACACGAGAUGGAGCUAGCGGACAUUUUCGCCGGACUGGACGAGUGCUACAUUAACGUUAACAUAAACAUCAGUGACAGCAACAACAACACACUGACAUUUGUCAGCUCUCUGGUGUGAGAGGACAGAGCAUGGAUAUGGAUUUAGUAUGAAGACAGCCACAUUCCCCGUCUUCUUGUCAUUGGCUGAUACCUUCCUGUCACAGGUUCUAUCCUUCUUGAUUGCAGUGUGUAGAGGAUGGAUUCUGUCUGUCAGGAAAGUUCUCCCCCGCUGGUCUUGUGGGUUAAGGAAAAAGGAAAUCUCGGUUUGAGAAAGGAUUUAUGUUUCCAGGUGGCUCAGACAAAGACUCACUAGUCAAUGUCUCACUUGACUGGGGCAGUUUCUUGUGAGUAUUAAUAUAGAUGUUUUGUAAAGUGAUAAUAGCACAAUGAAAAGGGCCAGUUAGAAAAUACUGAGAGGACUAAAACAGACUGUAAUUGCCAUAAUAUUGUCAUGCCACACUUACCCUAUACCCUGAAUCCAAAUUGGUCCAUUUUGUAAGUACUGUCAAAUUAAUAAUAUGUUUGUAGCUAUGAGAGCUUUUGGACUGACUUUUCAGAGAGAUUAUUUGUAUGAUAAAUAUGUACACUUUCUACUUAGACACUGUACAAUGUAAUUUUCCACAACUGACCUUUCAGAGUGCAUUUAACACUAAAGAGAAGUUUAAUAGUAUUAACCCCCGGCAGAUUAAUGAAUUGGGCUAUAAUUUAGGAAUCAAGCCAUUUAGUUGACAUGUUUAUUGCAGCCAUUUUGUUGAAACCCUGUGUAUCAUUUAUGCAUGAGAAGUCAGUAGUGACAUUUAAUGCAGAAUCUUUUGUCUUUUUUAAUGGGGCACCUAUGAUCUCAAGGCUUUUACAUUGUUCUUCUAACUGUGAUACAUUUUAGACUAAGAAGACAAAUGUAUAAGCAAAUAUGAGUAGGUUUUGUACAUUUCUUUAUUUCUUGAACAUAACAGCUAUACAUGCCGUCUAAAAGUGUGCCAUAUUUCUAACAGGAAGGUUAACGCUGUAUGGUUGGUUUGACUGUAAGAGAUUUUUUCUGGUUGGACCGGAAAAAUAUUUUUUAUUAUUUUAUGUAAAUUCAUAGCAAAUGAGUCUUUUCUCAAAACCAUUGUGAUUCGGGUCUUCAUGAGAUUAAAAUGUGUUGAAUAAAAUACCC